UCACCCUUGAAACUCUUUGUCGUCGAAUCUUUGGCAAAUAUCGCGAUAGCAGCCGUCAGACUUACUACGUAAUGUGCCGUGCUGCUUCUAGCGGCGCUGGUGACAGUGCUGAAAGCUGUUGGGUAUGAAGUGAAACGGGACUGAAUUUUUUUGUACCAUCCGCAACUGCUUCAAAGUUCAGAUCACAAGAAAGAAACCGAAGAGAAACUUCCAAAACAAAAUAAGCAACGUUGCAACUCCCAAGACCCGUUGGAUCCAGGAUAAUUUCAAGGGUUUUAAACAACACAGGUAACCAAAUCCUGAAUUGAACAAAGACCGACAUCAGGCCAUUCUACACAAGCAGAAGAGAAGCAAUCCUAAGCCCAAACCUAUUGUGAGAAGACAACAACUGAUCUGAAACCAGAAGUUUGUGCCUACUCAACAGCUUUGACAAAGCACACGUCCCAACGCUGCUCCUAGCUCUCAUCCUCAACACACCACCGACUCGACACCGGGGUGUGGAGUGAGCUUCUGUCUGCUAGCUUUUGUUUUUCCAUAACUCCCCACACUUUAACCCCCUCUCCUUGCCCACUGUUUUCACCCCCCCCAAGUAGUGUUUUUGUACCCGUGUUUGUCUUUUUUUGCGCUGCAUUUCUUCCUGAUUUUGCUUGAUGCAAGCAUCUACAACUGGUACCACAAGCCUGUAACAAGUGUGUGCGUGAGUGUUUGUGUGUUGGAUCGUGUUUGAAGAGAUCUGCAGAAGCUGACUAGUCACCAAGAACCUGCAAAUUGCCUAUCAAGACAACAAUUAAAGACAUCCAGCGGUGUAUCAUUGGGUGGUUGCAUUAGAACUAUUUAUUACCAUCAAGCAAAAAAGGAAAAAAAAUACAUUAAAAACACUAAUCAAAAUCAGCAAAAGUGCUCAAGCAAGUGUGGUUUGAGUUUUUGGGAAAAUAUGGGCAGCCCCUGGAAAGGCUUUGUUGAAUUUACCAUGCCCGCAUCGCCACCCACUACGUUUGUUAGCGCUGACCUGAACAGCACCUCCCCUGUCGGACUCAGCCUGUCGCCAUAUGGCCGAUCUCAUAGCCAAGCCCAAGCCACAGUGUCAGAAAUGGAAAGAGGUACUUCCGAGCCACCAGUGCCUCGCAACACUCGGCCAUCAAACUCUACCGCUCCCAUGUCUAUUCCCCGCGCCUCCUCAGUGUCUUGCCACCCCCAGUCAGGAAGUAAAAAACACAAGCGGACUCCCUUGUACCAGAGAUCAAUGAGUUUUGACCCAGGCAUGCUCCAUAACAAUGGGCACACUGCAUAUGCUAAUGGAACUGGUCCUGGCAUUAGAGAGAUGGGUGUGAUAGAGAAGCUUCUGACUUCGUAUGGUUUCAUCCAGUGCUCUGAACGUCAGGCACGUCUUUUUUUCCACUGUUCUCAAUACAAUGGUAACCUGCAGGACCUCAAAAUAGGAGAUGAUGUUGAAUUUGAGGUGUCCUCUGACAGGCGCACUGGCAAGCCCAUAGCAGUGAAGCUGCUAAAGAUUAAGCCAGAGGUGCUGCCAGAGGAGCGCAUUUCAGGCCAGGUGGGGCCAGACGUGCACGCCUAUCCCUUUACUGUGCUGCAUGGUUAUAUUCAUCCAGUUGUCUCCUCAAUUCCUGUAAAUUUAGAUGGGAAGUCUGCUCCCAGCCAGGCGCCCACUGGAAGUGUAUGUUAUGAAAGAAAUGGGGAAGUGUUCUACCUUACCUACACUAGCGAUGACGUAGAGGGCAAUACCCGCCUGGACACUGGUGACAAAGUCAGCUUUUAUAUGGAGACCAACAAGCAUACUGGUGCAGUGAGCGCUCGUAAUAUUCAACUUGUGACAAAAAAGCAAAUGAGGUGCCAGGGUGUGGUGUGCGCUACAAAGGAGGCCUUUGGAUUCAUCGAAAGGGCUGAUGUGGUGAAGGAGAUCUUUUUUCACUACAGUGAGUUUAAGGGUGAUCUUGAGGCCCUGCAGGCGGGAGAUGAUGUUGAGUUCACAAUCAAAGACAGAAAUGGUAAAGAGGUUGCUACAGAAGUGAGACUUCUCCCCCAAGGAACUGUCAUCUUUGAGGAUAUAAGCAUUGAACAGUUUGAAGGAACAGUCGUCAAGGUCAUCCCGAAGGUUCCCACCAAAAACCAGAAUGACCCUCUCCCAGGCCGUAUAAGUACUCGGAUUGGAUUCACAGACAAAGAAAUGCCGUUUGGUGAAAAGGACACAAAGUCAAAGGUGACUCUUUUGGAGGGAGACCAUGUACACUUCAACAUUUCCACUGACCGCAGAGACAAGCUGGAGAGGGCUACCAACAUCGACAUCCUCCCAGACUCCUUCGAUAUCACGAAAGAGACUCGUGAAAUGGGGGUGAUUGCUGCUAUACGUGACGGCUUCGGCUUUAUUAAGUGUGUGGAUCGUGAUGCGCGGAUGUUCUUCCACUUUAGUGAAGUCCUGGAAGAGAGCCAGCUGCACAUCUCUGAUGAAGUGGAGUUUACUGUUGUGCCUGAUAUGCUGUCUGCUCAGAGGAAUCAUGCAGUACGCAUCAAGAAGCUGGCUAAAGGCACAGUGUCCUUUCAUACCCAGUCUGAGCAGCGUUUUAUGGGAGUGGUGCAGAAGGAAGUUGUAUCAGCCAUGGCUAAAAAUGCCAGUCCCAGCAAGGGCAAGGAGAAGGAACCCGAGGAUGGUGUGAUCGCAUAUGAAGACUGCGGAGUGAAACUUAUUGUGGCGUACCAUACAAAAGACCUGGAGGGAGCAUAUCGCCCACAAGUUGGAGACAAGGUGGAGUUCUCGAUCAACGAAGUGAAAAGAAGCGGCCAGCAGAGUGCAGUUUCCAUUCGGGUCCUGAGCCGUAAUGCAAGUGGUGGCAAGAGACUGCAAGGCUUCAUCGCCACACUGAAAGAUAACUUCGGCUUCAUUGAGACUGCGAAUCACGACCAGGAGAUCUUCUUUCACUAUAGUGAAAUGUGCGGGGACUUGGAUAGUUUGGAGUUGGGUGACACUGUGGAGUAUACUCUCUCCAAGGGAAAAGGAAAUAAAGUCAGUGCUGAAAAGGUCACCAAAGUGGCUGCUGUGAAUGGCAUUGGAGAUGAUGUUGGCACCACAGUGAUGGUGGGGAAAGUCAUCCGUCCAAUACGCAGUGUGGACCCCUCUCAGACAGAAUAUCAAGGGCUUAUUGAGGUCAUCGAGGAAGGUGGAGGUGAAGGCCAGACUUAUCCCUUUGGAAUCAUGGGUAUGGCUAACAAGGUCAUCUGUCUGCAAAAAGGAGAACAGGUAAAGUUCCAGGCUUGCACAAUAUCCCAGACUGGACAGAAGAUGGCCUGUAAUGUGGUGCCCCAGCGUCGUGCCAUGGUGGAGUGUGUCAAAGACCAGUUUGGUUUCAUCACAUACGAAGUUGGUGAGAGCAAGAAGCUUUUCUUUCACGUCAAAGAAGUGGAGGAUGGCUUGGAACUCCAGACUGGGGACGAAGUGGAGUUCUCAGUAGUCUUCAAUCAACGGACAGGAAAAUGUAGUGCCUGCAACGUGCGCCGUGUCAGCGAGGGGCCAAAACCAGUGGUGACUCCACGUCCCGACCGUCUGGUCAACAGACUGAAGAGCAUCACUCUGGACGACGCCAGUGCCCCACGUCUUGUCAUUGUUAGACAGCCGCGUGGUCCGGACAAUUCAAAGGGCUUCACUGUGGAGCGCAAGACUCGCCAGCCUGGUGUCAUUGACUGAGUAAUACUGUUUGGUGCUGGUAGGAGCAGGCAGGGGGUCAGUUUUGGGCGGGGGGGACAAGUGAACCCGAUAUGUCAUGAUACAGUUAAAACCCAAAUCACACGCGCACAAUGCAGCAAUUGGCCCACAUAAUUCAUGGAGCCAUGGAUAAAUGUGGGGUAAGUUUCCCCCACCCCGCCUCCCACUAUAUCUUGAUGAGUGCACAUAAGAUCUCUGAGCGUGUGCAUGUGUGAUGUAUCCUAGCUGUGAGUCAGGACAGGGCCUUGUCCCUCUAAAUCAGACUGUGUGGCCGUCUGUGCUCCCAAUAGUUUUGGAAUUAGCAUUGUCUGGAAUUCUGCACCUGUAAAAUGUGUCCACUUGUUCAGUUGGAAUGAAUGAGUGCGUGGGCAUGCGUGACUGCAUGUCUUUGAGUGUCUUUUCUAUAUAUUGUUUCCCUAUAUUGUUUGCUUCUUUACCCACAGACACUUGAAAUUGUUUCAUUGUAAGAUUUCUGCUACUGUAUGCUUUCCUACAAAAUGCAUAAAGCAAAGUUCCCUCCAUAAGGAGGAUCAUAUUUCUCAUGUGCGAGCUUCAACCGAGGAUUUUCCUCUGCUCGUUUUUUUGAGCAGUUUUUAAAUGCUUGACUUGAGAGCUUUUUGAAAGCAUGGAGUGUGUGUGUGUGUGUGUGUGUGUAUGUGUGUGAGUCUAAUGGGAUUUACUUUUACCAAUCUGGAGCCUUUAGAUACUUUUUUUGGUAUUCACAAGCUCCACUAAAGCAAUGUCUCCCAGGUGCAGAAUUCCUUGUGGCAUCUUAUAUCUGCAAUUCUUUCAUUUUUCUUUUCUUUUAUUUUUUUGCACACGUAAUUGCUUUUUCCAUUGAAACUCAAGUCUAUUAUGAAAAACAAGGUGCCUAAAAAAAAAUAAAAAUAAUAAAAAUACAAGCAAAAUGAAGGGGGGUGGUGGGGCUUAAAGGUUUGUCUGGUUCCCAGCCAGCCACCAAUAUAAAGAACUAUCUGGAUGGCUUUCUUGUUUAGUAGAGAUAAUGAUAUGCAUCCCUAACCUGUGGGUUGAACAAUACUGUAUGUAAUGUGUGCUUUUUUUCCCUUAGUUAAAGUCAGACUUCAUAUAUAAGAGAACAAAUUUAUGGGGGAAAAGUAAGGUAUUAGAAACUAAGUUUAAAAAAAAAAAAUAAUAAUAAUAAAAAUUUAAAAAAAAAGAGGAAAAAAACAAUCAGGAUCAAUCAGUCUGCAGAGAUCACUGGGUUUCAGUUGAACCGCGUACAGAGGUUCCUGUGUACGUUUGUUAAUGGUCUUGAAUGAAUAAACAAAUUAAAGUUUUAUGAAAAUCUA